AUUUCACCAACUCUCGGUGUCCAGCAGUCUCCUCCACUGACCUCUGUCUCCUGUCUCUGUCCCGGCAGCGGCCAUGGCACUCAUUAGAAACGAGGUUUUCUCCUGUUUCGUUUUCUACGCCGUUCUCCUGCUCGUUAAAAUGUAUAUUAUAGCGAUUAUAACGGGUCAAGUCAGGCUGCGGAAAAAGGCGUUCGCCAAUCCUGAGGACGCACUGAGACACGGAGGUUUGCAGUUUCACAGAGAGGAUCCAUAUGUGGAGAGAUGCCGCAGAGCUCACACCAACGACAUGGAAAACAUCUUCCCCUUCCUCUUUCUGGGUGCUGUCUACUCCCUGACCGGACCUUCAAUUACCGUCGCUCGCCUUCACUUCCUCAUCUUCUUCCUGUGCCGUGUGCUGCACAGCAUUGCCUACUUGUUUGCCCUCAGAGCUCCGACACGCUCGGUGUCCUACUCGCUCGCACAGAUCCCUUGCUUCUCAAUGGCGGUGCAGAUUCUGAUGGCGGUGUCAACCUACGCCUGAUUCACCUGUGGAUUUCCAGAUUCCAGUGUCAUGGAAGACUUUUUUUAUGUACUUGUAUUCACAAUGAAAAUGAAGGUUGUUGCUAUUUUUUUUUAAUUCCAGGUUUUGUUGAAAUGGAUAUACAGUUGUCAUCUCAGCCAGAGCAACUGAUGCAUGUGAACAACUCCAAGCCAGUUGAGUACAUUUUGCCAAACCCUCCCCCCUUUUUGUGUUUACACACAGCGCUGAUAAGAGUUCUUAUGGCGCGCCAUCACCUUCCUGUGCGUCUACGUUUUCUGUUUCUGUCAAAACAUUUCAGUUUGCGUGUCUGACAACCUGCUGAGUAACAAAUAUGUAGAUAAAAGAUCCUAUCUGGGAUGGUUUUUAGUGGGUAAUGUUCUAGUUCUAGCUGUGAAAAAGCAUUUUUUGAAAAAAAAGUAUUGAAUAAUUUAUUUAGUUCAUGUAUUUAGUAAUAACAUAGGUCAGAUAUGUAACAGUUUGUAUGUUAUUAAUUUGAAACUGCUGUUGAUUUUGUGUGUUCUAUUGUCAGGGUGGAGGACUGAGGGGGGAGGGAGCGAAGUGAGGGGGAUCUGGGCCUCACUUUGAGUGUGUUUAUGUGUGAGAUGAUCCAGUUGUCUGUUGAAAAGCUCCGGAAUUCCAGCGAUUAUGUAACAUCUUUGGACAGUGCUGUGUUUCAGUCCGAGGGGCUGGACACUGCUCCAAAACAAUAAAGCCUGAAAAAUGCUCACAAGUUCCGUGUGAA